AAAUACUAUCAUGUUCAUUUGAAAUAGAGCGUUUGCGUUUUAAUGUAUUCUCGCAUUAUUAUCUAAGUAUACAGUGCAUGCACAAGUUCUACAAAUUCUAUUCCGGUUAUUAAUUUAAGCAUUUCUUUGAUUUUUUUAAACGUCAAAAAGUGCUCUUUAUUGCUGUGAAAGCUUUUUGUAAUUUUUAUUUGUGGCGCAAAAGUCUUGCACUUCCAUGUCAUUGAAUUCAGAUCGUAAUCCAUCUCCACCUCCUGAACUACUUGGUAAUGAGGAUCUAUUGCCAGACAGGAUUGGUGACAGUGUAUAUAGCAAACAGUGGCUAUAUAAAACUUUAAUGGUAAUUUUAGAAUGGUGUGAAAGCCCUGAUUCUCCUGAGAAUACCACACCUAAAACUUGUGUGCAGACUAAUAAUGAUAGUGAAGGAAAAUCUCCUGAUAGUAAAGAUAUAAUUGAAUUAGAUCCCCGGAUUGAAGAUGAUGCUUGCAUAUUGUGGGAUAUGUCAGCAAAUAAAGAAGUUGCCGAAUUUUUGGAUACAUCUAUGGCACCUUCUAUAUUUCUUGAUGUUAUUGAUAAAACAAGAAGUCCUCGACUCUUGGAAAUAGUUGUUGGUAUUCUUGGUAACAUGUCAUCAUUUGAUUCUACAUGCCAGAGCAUUUCAAAAAACAGUAGAUUAGUGAAUUCUAUCCUUUUACUCACUGGAACUUCGGACAGUCCUACUUUACUACAAGUAUUUCGUGUCAUUCUUUGUGGAGUAUCUAAUGAAAAUACCCAAAAUAUUUGGUUUGAAGCUUUUGAAAAAAAUCCAUUUUUUAUGGAAAAUAUGAAAUUUAUUUUUGAAAACAGUCUAAGUGGCACUGUUAUUAAAGGAACAUUUCAACUCCUGUACAGUAUUUUGAAUGAAAAUGCUAAAUACUGUAGAAUGUGGGGUGAGCCAUCACAUAUUAAAGCUAUCAUCAUAGCGGGUAAACAGUCAUUGAAACUUCAUGAAAAUUUGGAUAACUUCUUUUGUGUUUUGAAUGCAUUAUGUCAAUAUACACCCAAUAUUGAACUACUUGUUCAAAACUGGACGGAACUGAAGUUACUAUUUGACUUAUAUUUUUUAAGUCUUGAUGAAGAAGAUGGGCUACCUGAUAGACUAAGAAUAACUGCAGUUUUUUCCUGUUUUGAUACAUAUAAUACUCUUUUAAACUACGAAAAUAUGCAGUGUGAGCAAGUAGUUGUUGAAUCACAAGUUCUGGAGAUCAUUAAUAAAAUAGCACAUUCUGUCAGUGCUCUUAUCUUGGAUAUCAGAAAAAGUAAUAUGGAAGUUUUAGAUUUGCAAAAUCCACAGAGAGAUCCUCCAAGAAAAUUUUUGAGGAGAAUUGAAGAACGAGAUGGUACACAAUAUAUUACUAUGAUGACUGAAUAUGAAUUUAACCAGUGGACCGUUUUAUUGGAAAUUAUUAUUGAUACUGCAAAAACUUUGCUAAAGUAUACUGAGAAAGAAAGUGAAAAGGAUAUCCUUGAAGAUAUUUUAAAUUCAGAGGUGGUUAAGGAAAAUAUAGGAGUCCUCAUUAUUUAGUCAGCUGGAACUUUGUACAAAUGUAAGAUUUUUGUAAUAUUUCAGAACUUUUAAAAUUAUCACCAUUUUCCCUGCUCAUUGCUUGUCAUUUGUACUUUAUUCAGUGUUUGUACUAUAUAUGCUCCUGUUCAGUGUUAUAAUAAAAUUGUUUUUCUUUGAA